GUUUUACUAAGUGUAUCCCACGACGUAGUAUGGGUGAACUAUCCAUAGUCUGACGCAACCUUUCUACGAUUUAGCCAUCAACCCAGAACCAUAGUGACGCUACUGUGCAACACAGAGCAUGUAUUGAGCACGAUGUUCACCAACCCGUGCCCAUGGAUGCUCAAAUAACCGUCACAGAACGGGGUAUCUUCAGUUCAUUUUUCCGAGUCGGUCGUCUUGAGGUAGACCCCAAGUUUUGCGAUAAAAGAUGAGUCUGCGGUAGUUGAACAGUUUUUAUGUGUCGCGAAUAGUAAAAUUAACUUUGUAGUUGUGAUGGUUAAACAACCGAUACUACAUGGUAUCCUAGUUAAUCUCGAAAGAAAAUUUGUGCUCGCCAAAGACGCGUUGUAGUGCGCAAUACGUGAAUCUGGAUAUUUAUAGUUCUUUAGCACCGUCAGGAUUGGAGUCUACUAGCCAUUGGAUAUAACAGACGAUUCUGAACAAUAUGGAACUGCUCCAGGGCCUCCUCUCAAUGCCCAGCAACUCUACGCUGGUAUGCAUAGGGAUCUCUCUCUUUGUUUACUACUACCUCCAAGACAAGGUGAACUACUGGGCCAAGCGCGGCGUGGCGUACGUUCCGGCGUCCAAGUGCCUCUCGCUCUUCAUCCCGCAGAUGCUCCAAAAUAGGACCAUGCUGGAAGUCGUGAGCGAACAAUACGACCUCCUGGAGGGCCACAGCUACGGCGGCGUAUACCAGCUCACACGGCCGACCGUGAUCCUGCGCGACCCCGCGAUGACCAAGGAGUGGCUCGUCAAAGGGUUCACCAGCUUCCACGACCGUGGCCCGGAGGUGGAGGAAGGUCAGGGAAACCUCUCGGAAAACUUGUUCUCGCUCACCGGAGACCGCUGGCACACGGUGCGUACCAAGCUUUCUCCCGCCUUCAGCUCCACCAAACUCAAGGUUAUGUACCAGACGCUCAAGGGCUGCGCCGAGGAGCUCAACGCUCACUUGCAGGGGCUCUGCGAGAAGAGGGAUGAGGCAGAGAUCGACAUCAAGGACCUGGUCGGUAGAUACGCAAUGGACGCCAUCGGGGCUUGUGCCAUGGGGAUCAAAUGCAACGCCAUCAAGGAUCCUGACAACUGUGAAAUGAAGAAAGCUGUCAAGGCAAUUUUUACCAUUAAUUGGAGGCUCACGCUCAUGCAGCUCUGCAUGUUAAUUCAUCCGAAACUUGUGAAGAUAUUCGGACUGGCCGGACCUCCGAAGGAUCUCACAAAGUUUCUCACCUCAGUGACGAAACAGGCGAUGGACAUGAAAACCAAGUCUGGGCAGCCCAGGAAGGAUUUCCUUCAAAUUAUGAUGAGUGCUAGCGAAUCUGAAACUCAAAAUGGGAAAGAACACAGCCAAAAUGGAGAUCAAACUGUAAAAUCUGAAGACAACAUAUUCACGGAAAAUGUCAUAACCGGCGUGAUUUCAACUUUUCUCUCUGCCGGACUCGACCCUGUCGCUGCUACGGUGACUUUCGGACUGUACGAACUGGCAUUUCAUCCUGAGAUCCAGGAGAGGCUUUUCGAGGAAAUCCAAGCAGCUAGAAUGAAAUCUGGUGGCGAAAUCGAAUAUGACGAUAUUAAAGACAUGCAGUAUCUAGAGCAGGUCGUAAAUGAAACGCUCCGACUUUAUCCCGCAGCUGGAUUCUUGUUCAGAUUCUGCAGAGAGCCUUUCCAAAUUCAAGACUCAUCUGUUGUGAUUGAAAAAAGUGUCAACCUUUUGGUACCUCAAAUGUGUAUCCAACGCGAUCCUAAAUAUUUCCCUGAGCCUAUGAAAUUUGACCCUGAACGAUUCUCAAAGGAAAACGUUGAUAAAAUAUUACCAGGCUCAUACUUGCCAUUCGGCGAAGGACCCAGAUUUUGUAUUGCUAACCGUUUUGCUUUGAUGAACGCGAAAACCAUGAUGAUAACCCUGGUGUCGGACUACACUCUCCAUCCAUGUGCAAAAACCAAGAGCCGCAUGACGUUUGAUAAAAAAACCUUUACCCUUAGUCCAGAGGGUGAAGUUUGGCUCAAACUGAAAAAAAGGAACUAAAGAGAGAUGAACGACUCCGGACAAUUGCUUAAAUCAGUGGCGUGGCGUGCAUCACGAUGAAUUGAUUGAUCUGCCAUUUAAACCUAUGGGAAAGGAUCGAUAAACAGGGUGGUCGCAACGAACACCUUAAUAAUCGAUUCUAAUCCAUAGCUUUAAAUGGGGAAAUGUCGCUAAUCCAUCAUUUACGCCUUGCCAAUGGCUUGAACGUUGCCCGACUUGGAAACGGCUUGAUGAGAUAGUUUUCCAUCUUAUAAGAUUUUUACAAGCCUGUUUAAUUUAUGU